CUUCAGGUCAAGAAAACUGCCAACCUGCCGACUGACAUGAGUCUGAGAAAACAUUUGGAGGCUGCAUCUUUGCUGAUACUUUUGGUCAAAAUCUUCCGUGUGAAUAUGCUGACUUGUCAUCCAACUGAGUUUCUGAUAGGGACUGAAUGCUGUCCUCUUUGUCCCUCUGGAAAACGUGUUAAAACACCCUGCACGGAGUUCAGGAGCACUUCCUGUAUGCCCUGUGUGAAUGACACCUUCAUGAAUCUUCCCACUGGACUUAACAAGUGUUUCCCCUGCACGACCUGUGGUCCAGAUUCUGGGCUAAAGACAAACAUUUCAUGCACAGCAACAACGGAUUCAGUUUGUGAACCUCUGGAAGGAUUCUACUGUAUAGACCCCACAGGGAACCACUGUGCAGCUGCACAGAAACACAAACAAUGUCAACCAGGGCAGUACAUCAAACACAGAGGAACCCCCCUCACAGACUCUCAAUGCUCUGACUGCAGUGACGGAACAUUUUCUGAUGGGACGCGUACGUCUUGUCGACCACACACACAAUGUGAAUCACAAAACCUUCAGCUGAUGCAACAAGGAACAGCUUCAACAGACGCUGAAUGUGGAAAUGACAUUUUAAAAGAGGAUCCAGUUGCAAUCAUCGUUUCAGUGGUUGUUUUGGGUCUUUUGGUGUUUGGUGCAUUAGUCGGCUGGUUUUUCUGGAAAAAAUAUGGUUCACGUCUAAUGUUGUAGUGGAAAAAUAAUUAAGUGUGGUUGAAACCUGUUUUGUAGUUGGAAAGUAAGUUUUUGCAGACAGACCUGUGUAAAUACAUAUAACUAGUUUAAAUACUUUAUGACCUUUUUAUCACUUUUUUACUCUCCAAAGAACUGAAUGUAUGUCUGCUCUAUCUCCAAAGGAAACAUAUGUAAAUGAACACAUUCCAGGGGUCCCGGGGGGCAACGUUGAGCCAUGAGACGAAUUGUUAUUUGUGAAUGUGGGCUAUACAAAUAAAACUUGAUUGAUUGAUUGAUUUUGCGACGCCCAUUGAAAAUUCCUCGAGAAUACGUAAAUUUUCACCACUUUCUAACUUUCUGCAAAUUUUGGUAAGAAUUUGAGCAUGUUAAAGCCCUCAAAAAGCCAAUUAAUUUGCCUGAAUAAUAAUAAUGAUAAUAAUAAUAAUAAUAAUCCUUACAAUUUCAAUAGGGCCUCACCUGUCAGGUCAGUGCUCGGGCCCUAAUAAGAUUUCUGUGUUUUGAUUGCUUUCUCAAACUGCGCCUACAGAACCAGUCUGAACUGGCUCAGGCAAACAGCCUUAGUUCUCCUAUAUAAGAUCCUUGCAUUUGACCGUUCUCCAUCAUCAGUCUAAUAACCCUGUGACUCUCUUUGUUAAUCCUUUCUUCAAAAAGCCCUAAUUAAAAUACACAAAGAUACA